AUGCCACAUAAGCUGGAGGCUGCCUGGCCUCACGCUGCAUUCGGUGUAUCUUAUCAGUGGCUAGUAGCACAUAGCUUAGGCGACGGGCUACUGGAAGAUAGUCCAGUCGGCAAGACAACGCGCUGGGAGCCCGACUCGGCUACAGCGUGGCUAGCACAUAUUGAUAUAUUGCCGCAUUUAACAUCUUCGGACCUUGAAACGGCACUGAUUUUCGAGGACGAUGCGGACUGGGACCUGCGCAUCAAAGACCAGAUACGGCUCGUUUCAGACAAUGUUCGUGCCUUUGGCCGCAGCUACGACAAGACUGGGCACCAGCUGAUCAGCUAUCUGGACGAUAGCACACCUUAUGGCACAGGGUGGGACGUACUGUGGGUUAGACCCUCCGGCUCAUUGGGCCAUAAUCUGAAUGCUGCAAAUGGCGAGGCAUUCGACGUGUCGCUGCACGAAUAA